AUGAUUUCUACUUGUGGUUUAUUUUAUAUUUCGUGAAUACAAUUGAAUACAUAUUAAUUAAUUUUCAACUAUUAUAGUCCAGCGCUUAAAGAAAGUUGAGUGAUUUGGUUGCGAAUCCGCAUAUCUCAAUAUUAUAAUGAUUAUUGCUUACCAACUUCCUUAGGUAUCUUUUGAAAAUAACGUAUAUUGGAGUAAAUAAUCAUCAUGUCAGUUAAAAAAAAUGUGGAAAUUCAACACAAAAUUAAAUUAAACCCUAAACUCGCAAGUUCUUUGCGGUGUAUGCAAUGGUUAAAGCAUCAGAACAGUCCAUCAAACAAGAAGGUUUUACAGUCAAAGAAUGAUGUCCUAUUCGUUCAGACGAAUAAAUUUGAAAAACCCGAAUUUUCAAAUCUGGACACAGAAGAUACCAUUCCAGACGGUGUUAACGAAUCUGUCAUUAAACCAAAGACUGUGACUACAAAAUUUUUACGAAUUUCCAAACUGAGCUUGGCUUGUGAGUGGCAGGGAUGCAAAUUAUUAACCAAUAAUUAUGAAUCAUAUCAGAAACACGUCAUCGCUCAUUUCUCUGAUGUGAUUCAAAUAAUAGAUAAGGAAGAAACUGUAAUGUAUUCUUGUCUUUGGGAUGUUUGUGGUCACAAAACAAAGGAUUAUAAUGAGAUGUUUCGGCAUUUAAAUUACCAUGCUUAUCAUGGGAAGUUGCUGGCGAUCGGCCUCAAUGGUAGAGCUACAUUAAAACUGGAAAGAUGCAAGAAGAACUCCACUAAAAGAAAUCAGUUACCUAAUUUACCUAAUGAACAUAUUUGCAUGUGGACUGACUGCAAUAGAAAGUUUAACUCAAUACAGAUCUUAUUUGAUCAUGCAAAACUACAUGUGAACUACUCUGAGAAGUUUCUAUGUUCGUGGGCCGGUUGCGGUGCUUGGUUCACAACAAAGGCACUGCUCGGUGCUCAUGUUCGCUCGCACACCGGUGAGAGGCUGAUCGCUUGUUAUCAUUGCGGUCAGCACUUUGCUAAUAAUAGGAAACUGCGUGAUCAUUUGAGGAGGCAGAACGUGGAUCCAGAGUCACCGUUCAAGUGCACGAUGUGCGGCAUACCGUGCGCGACCGAGUACCUGCUGAACGAGCAUGCCCGCCAGCACGUGUCGGCGCACGUGUGCGCGCUCUGCGACAUGACGGCCACCUCGCCCGCCGCGCUCGCGCAGCACGUGCGCUACCGGCACCUGCCGCGCGCGCCGCACCACGCCUGCACGCGCUGCGCCUACAGGGCCGUCACAAAGAACGAUCUCCAGAAGCAUUUGAUGAUACACGACAAGAAACGCAACAAGAAGAAGUCUGACCGCGAAAGCGACAGGGACUCGGAUCUGAGCGACAAUUCCAUCAUAACCACGAAGAAGAAGAAGAAGAAGAUUCCCAGGAAAUACGCCUGCCACAUGUGCCCAGAGGAUAAGAUGAAGGUGUUCGCCAGAGGAAACACCCUCACGUCACACCUGGUGAAGGUGCACGGCGUGCAGUGGCCCUACGGACACAGCCGGUUCAGGUAUCAGAAGAGCGAGGACGGCGUGUACCGUCUGACCACGACCCGUUACGAGGUUCUGGAAGUUUCCAACAAGAUCUUCGCCCGGGACAGCGGCCCGAAACAAUCCCUGAACGAAAACUUAGAUUUCAAACUGAAACAGGUCGCGGAACCGACUUUCGACACGCCGAGGCGCUUCGAAAUAAUGCUGCUUGGGGGCGAGGGUGAGGGGGGGCAUGGGGGGGUCGAGGAGUCCAGAGACAGCGGCCUGGUGGAGAUCACGAUGUGCGAUGUGGACGAUAAAGGGAACGUUAUUAAAUCAGAGCUUAUCGAAUCACAAGUCAUUUGAAGAUAUAUUUUUUUGCUUAAAUGGGUGGACUAACUCACAGCUGGUGUUAAGUGGUUACCGGAGCCCAUGGACAUUUACAUGCCGCCACCCAUCUUGAGAUAUGAGUUCUAAGAUCUCAAUAUAGUUACAACGGCUGCCUCAUCCUUCAAUCCGAAACGCAUUACUGCUUCACGACAGAACUAAGCAGAGUGGUGGUAUCUACCCGUGCAGACUCACAAGACGUCCUACCACCAGUGAUGUGCUUUAGUAUCGCUGUACCGAAGUGUUACAAGUUGGGAGUUCAGUGAAAAUAAGUUAACUAUGUUUUUUUUUCUAUGCAUGUUGCUCAGAAACAAGUCUAUAAAAGAAUUUACUUUAAUAAUUACAUGAACGAUUUAAUAAAUAUUUUUUUAUUAUAUUAA